AUGAAGCUGAUCAACACCGUCGCAGCUGCCUUGGCGCUCUGUCCCCUCUCCACCUCCGCUGAGCGUAAAUUCUACAACCCAGGCAACCUCAACGGCUGGGACUACAUCCGUCGGGAGAACAAGGGUACCGUCGAAGCCGUCACCAACGUCGCCUACAAGGGCGGAAAUGCCCUCAAAAUGACGCAGACCUAUACACCCGGUUACACUGGCCGCUACCAUUCUGAGGUCGACCACAACCAAGGCUACAAGCGUGGCGACCAACUUUUCUACGGCUUUGCCUUCCGUCUGUCGGAGCAGUGGGAAUUUCAACCCCAAUCGUACAACUUGGCCCAGUUCAUUGCAAACCGUCCUGGUGCCAGCUGCGGUGGUGAUGAUUGGAUGCCUUCGUCCAUGCUUUGGAUCGAGGGCGACCAACUGAUGUCCCGUGUCGUCAGCGGCCAGUACCGAGUGCCAGACUGCAGCCGUGACAUCAAGCCGUUCCCCAAUUUGGCCAAGGUCAGUGCUGGCCAGUGGCACAAAGUUGUCAUCCAGGCUUCGUGGAAGAGCGACAACACUGGCUUCUACAAGAUCUGGUUUGAUGGCAACAAGGUUCUGGAGGAGUACAACCGCAAGACGACCCUCAACGACGACAGCGUGUUUCAGUUCCGCAUUGGUCUGUAUGCCAACGCUUGGCACGACGAUAAACACAUGGAGGGUAGCCAGAGCUUCCGACAGGUUUGGUAUGACGAGGUGGCCAUUGGUACGACUUUUGCCGACGUCGACCCUGGCCAGCCUGACUCUGCCUAA